AUGUUGCUUGCAACUAUCGCUGCUGGCAUUUUAUUUCUUGCCUCUAUCUCCUCCGCCAAGCUUUGCCCUCCUACUCCCAAGCCGUGGGGCUUUUUCACUAACAACACCAUCUACCAGACCAGUGGCAACGAGAGUAUCACUUAUCCUCGCUACACUGAGUUGGAAGAUGGAACCAUCUUUGCCACUGCGUCUCUGACAGGCCAUAACCCCAGCUACUUCCCCGUUUUCGAGAGCAGGGAUGGCGGUGCUAGCUGGACAUACAUCUCCAACCUGACAGACCAAGUCAAUGGUUGGGGAUUUAGCGCGCAGCCAGCUCUGACGGAACUGACGGAGCCGGUAGGCGGCUACAAAGCGGGAACGAUUCUCGGUGCCGGUAACAGCUGGAGUGACAAAGGCACGAGAAUUGACCUGUACGCUAGCAAGGAUAGAGCAAGGACUUGGGAGUUCGUUAGUCAUAUCGUUGAGGGCGGACGACCAAACACUACUAACGGAGCUACGCCUGUUUGGGAGCCCUAUCUCUUAGUGUAUAACCACGAGCUUGUUGCUUAUUAUUCCGAUCAAGGCGAUCCCUUACAUGGUCAGAAGCUUAGCCACCAGACUUCCUCUGACCUAAAGACCUGGGGUCCUGCCAUCAACGAUGUAGCUUACAACUUGUACGAGGCUCGCCCGGGCAUGACGGUAGUAGCAUACAUCCCGCCUUUGCACAAAUGGAUUUUAGUGCACGAGCGACCAAUCGGCAACUCAAGCUCCUAUGGUUCUAAUUACCCUGUGUAUUACGUGAUGGCGGACUCGCCCCUCGAGUUUGGUCAGAACGAGGACAUGCCUAUUGUGAUCAACAAUACCACGGUUCCGAAUGCCUCACCAUACGUCGUCUGGAGUCCCGUUGGCGGCCCAAACGGCACCAUCAUCGUGUCUGACGCGGACCGUCGUCAGAUAUACACGAACCAUUUCGGAGGUGCCUUAAAUCGGUGGGAAGAGCAUGCGACGCCCGCAGGUGCUGUGUACAGCCGCGCUAUACAAGUUUUCAAGAAAUACCCCGAUCAUUUGCUGAUAUACGGCGGAGAGACAUUCGACGAUUUUGAUGCAGGCUUACACACACCAUUCUCGGCCACUGUGGUCAAUCUGAACGACGUCUUAAAAACGAAUGCUUGA